UUACUGUGAACGCACAGGAUGGCAGCCCGGAUCCUCUUGGUGUGUGCGCUCAUCACUCUGCAAGGCUCAAAGGCUCAGGAUUGUGGGGUGGCACCUCUCAAUACAAGAAUAGUCGGUGGUCAGAAUGCCCCAGCUGGGUCAUGGCCCUGGCAGGUGAGCGUACACUAUCAAUCAUCUCACAUCUGUGGAGGCACCCUCAUCAGUGACCAGUGGGUGCUCACAGCAGCCCACUGCAUUAAAACAAACUCACUCAGUGCAUGGACGCUCUACUUCGGGAGAGAGACUCAGGCUGGGCCUAACACUCAUGAGGUGAAACAGAGUGUGUCGCAGGUCAUUGUCCACCCUAACUACAACAAUUCUUACUUGAACAACGACAUUGCCCUGAUGAAGCUCAGCAGCCCUGUCAACUUCACUGACUACAUCAGACCUAUCUGCCUGGCAAGUAGCUCCAGUCAGUUCUACAACUCCACAUCCUGCUGGUCCACUGGCUGGGGGAAACUCAGCAAGAAUGACACUUUGCCAGCUAAUGCACCCCUCCAAGAAGUUCAGAUUCCUGUUAUUGGAAACAAACAGUGCAGCUGCAAUUAUAUCCAAGUAAAAGAUGCGAACAUCACUCAGCAAAUGAUUUGUGCGGGGCAACAAAACAAAGGAGCAUGCCAGGGGGACUCAGGUGGACCCUUGCAGUGCAAACAGGGUUCCAAGUGGAUCCAGGCUGGUAUUGCCAGUUUUGGAAUACCUUGUGCCCAGGCAGGUUUCCCUGAGGUCUACGCUCGAGUGUCUGAAUUCCAGACUUGGAUCACAAAUAAAGUAGCGGGGGCGAAUGUGGGCUUUGUGAGCUUUACUUCUAGUGGCACCAACACAGACAGCAGCUUUGUGUGUCGCAGCAACAACUCAACUGGCAGCCCUAACUCUGGAAAUUCAGCCAAGUUUGCGCCUGAGCUUGGAUUUUUUAUCUUCUUAGUGAAAAUGUUGCUGGACCGCAUUUUAGUUUAACACUAAAAAUAUCUCCUCUUCUGCUCUUCUUGUCUUUAACGGUGUCUUUAAAGGUACAGUUUUAAUAACUGAAUGAAUGAGGUUCAUGAUAAUGCAUGAAUUUGUUAGAUGUAAUGGCACACUAAUCAAUGUAUAUUUAGUACAACAAAGUGUUUUUCUAUUAUAUAAUCUUAAAAAAUACUUAGUAAAUUGUUAAUUGUUUUUUAAAGUAUUUUGAUUUUAAAAAACAUUAGAGUCAAGUUUGACAUAACUGCACUGUAGCUCGGGUGGAUCAGCUUUUCUUUUCUUUUCUUUCACUACACUCACUACAUCAAUAUUUUUUCUUUUGUUAAUCACUUUAUAAAUCAAUUUGUGUUUUCAGCUAAACUAGUGUACCUUGGAUAUGGAAACAAGCUAAAAUUAAAGGUUCUAAUUCUGAUUUGCUGGUGUUACUGAACAUUAUGUACAAGACUGGAAGAGAUAUGCAGAAGAUAUAUGAAUAUAUAAAUAUGCUCAGUUGUGUAUGUUUGGACGUAACGUACAACAUCUACUAGAUUUUUGGUUUUGGCUUUUUUUUCUUCCUGUUAUAGAUUUUUAAUUUCAGAGGCUGCUCAUGUCAUUUUAAACCUUCCCAGAACUCUGAAAUAUGAGUUUUAUUUUAGUGAUCUGAGUAUUUGAGGAGACAGGGAAAUUGUGGGUGGGAACAUUUGGGGAAGCAAUUUUUAAGAGAGGUUCUGCAUUGAUACACUGAUGGAUGUGGUCACGAUGACUUCUGUCUCGGGCUUGUGAGCUGUCACCAGUUAUGCUCUUUGAAACCGUACUUUAUGGUCAAAGGCUUGAUCUGAAACUGCAACUGAUGCUUUUGUCCAAGAG